UCCAGCAGGCUUCAUGUGGCUGCUGGCACUAGGUGGGGCUUUCCUGGCCGUUGCCAAGGCUUGUAUCUUCUGCCGCCUCCCAGCUCAUGCCUUGCCGAGCCGCCUGGCUCAGUUCAGUGGCCAGAUAGAGUGGAAGGAAUGGGCUUCCCCAGAUUUUUCAGCCUUUGCCUUAGAUGAGGUGACCAUGAACAAAAUCACAGAGAAAACUCAUCGAGUCCUGAGGGUCAUGGAGAUCAAAAGGUCCGUCUCUUCGCUCCCUUCGUAUUGGCAAUGGCUUCAGAAGACCAAGAUCCCCCAGUACACCAGGGAAGCUCUCUGUGCUCCUGCCUGCCGGGGCAGCACCAUCCUUUACAACUGCUCCACCUGCGAGGGCGAGGAGGCGCCUUGCUGGCCCCGAAAGCGCUGCAUCCCAGGCAGGAAGUCACGAUCUAUGGGACGCUAGGAUUCUGCUCUUCUCUAUCUUCGCAGUUGCCCUGCUUUUGGGUGCUCUGAGCCUCCAGGUGGAGUGAGUUGA